CCCCUUCGCAGUCCCAGCCACUCCCUGGUGGGGCGGGUCAAGACCAAACGAAAGUGAAACCUUCAGCGUUACACGAAGAGUGUAGCCUGCACCAUGAUGAACUACGUAGUGUUUUUCACAGCCGGAUGCCUUCUCUGCCUUGGACUUGUGUGGAACACGAGUGGGAUUGCUACAGUAGACCCAGGUUUCAGGCAACUUCUCUGUGUGUUUGAGACGAGCCAGAGGAGUCUCGUGUCACAAGAGAUGGAGAUCAUCAGGCUGAAUGUCAGGCUCGUGCUGAGCAGAACCCAAGGAAAAGACAGUGAAAGAUCUCAGCCAGAAAGCCUUCCUCCUGACACUAUCCCCUCAUUUGUUGUACAAGAGUCCUCGCUGGAUAUUCUUCAGUACAUAAAUGAAGAUAUCGACAUGCUUGACUGUAGGAUCAACCUCUACUCUACAGCAAACAGACAGAUCAUUGGGCCUGGGAGAGAAAUCGGAGGCAGCAGCGCAGACUCCUGGUUCACAUGUACCAUAAAGCACACAGCUGGAAAAUACACAACUACAGCCUUCCUCAUGCACAACCAGAAAGAAGGAGAGAACCGAAAUCCUGGACACCUGCUCCCGGGCAUUACAGAGCGAUUGCAUGUUUCAGUGCCAUUCCUGCUGCACCCAGCACCCACUCACGUCCACACUGCCCUCACCAGGGACGUCUGGAUGCCCUGUGCCUUCACCAAGAACAACCCAGUAGAUGUGACCAUCCAGUGGGUAUUGAACCAGAAAGGAGGGCACAGAAAACACCUGUUCACUUACAGUGGAUCCAGCAAGCAGGUGGAACACAUGGCUCGCCGGGUUAAGAUGGUCCUAGAGGAAAUCCCCAAGGGAAAUGCUUCUCUGUUACUCAGAAACACAGAAAUAAGAGAUGAAGGAACCUACUCUUGCUUGGUGUCAAUGGGUUCUCUUACUGGGGAACAGAGAAUCCAGUUGCAAAUAGAAGAAAAACCCAUUGUGACCGUAAAUGUUGACUCCCUGUCUCUGGUGGAAGGCGAGCAACACAAGCUGGUCUGCAGUAUCAGACACUACUACCCACAUGAUGUCGAGGCUCAGUGGCUCCGAGAGCCAAAGGACUCCCAGAGGGUCCCUUAUGUCCUGAAGAAUGUUCUCUCAAGCAGCCACCAGCAGAGCAGCAAUGGCACGUACAGCUCCUCCAGAUACUUCUUGCUCACAGCAUCCCUGAACGACAAUGGCCAUAAGUACACGUGCUUGGUAGAUCACCAGAGCCUGCAGGCUCCCAUCAGGAAAAGUGUGACUGUGGAGGUGAAAGAAGCUACACCCAUCGCCUGGCUGCUACUUCUCCUCAGCCUUACCGUGUGCCUUGCAGGCACCCUUUGGUACUAUCACAAAGGUAAAUUAACCUCCAGGCUCCCAAAUCCGGGCUGUGGGGAGGGAAGGACUCUGCUGUACCAGCCGUUCUCAUGGUGGUUGGCUAUGGCUCUCCCCAGGACCUGUGUCACUGAACUGGGUUAUAAGUACUGGGAGGUGGAAGUUGUGCUUUGUCUUCUUUUAGUCACAAUCUCUUUUUUUUCCCUUUUUCCCUGCCCUAGUGAGGAGCACUAAUAAGCCCAAACCUUACUAGAGAUGGGACCUCCAGUGCCAGCCAGGUUUAAAAGGGGUGACAGGUGUUUUUUCUGACCAUGAAGAGGAAAAAAAAGCCAUAAAAAGACAAAUGUGUUUAUUCUGGUUCAUUGCAACAAAAACAACAUGACUGAAAAAUGCAAGAGAGGAGAAAUAUCUCCAGCAGUUUGCCAAACCCCCACAACUUCAUUGCCUGCUAAAUUCCAGAACAAUCAGCUACUAGCUAGGGGUGUGCAUCACAGGCCUGAUGCACUGGCUGUUGCCAGGCCUCUGUAAAGCACUUGCUGCUAUUUUGAGUGAGUUUUGCUCUACUACUCAGGAAACCAGAACCUGGACAUAGCUCGAGGAACCGGGUGGCUUCAUCUUGGGUUGGACUUGCUUUAUUUUAGCCAGAAUGGGAUUUGGUGGCACAGAUUCAGUGCUGGCUCCUCGUCCUCUUGAAAAGGGGACAGUUUGAGUUUGGUAACCAAGACUAACUUUUACAACAAUAAAGAUUCGCUAAGAUAAGUGGAACUCUCUAGGAGU